CAUUGAGGAACAAAAGUCAGUCGGAGAAAAUCAAUUUCAAAUCAUGGUUUGGAUACCGGGACCAAUUUUUCAAGAUUUGUGUGAUAUGGGAGAAAAAUGUACAGAUUGUCCCUCACAAAUUGUCAUGUUUGUGACGAUUCUCUCUCUUAUUUUCGGACAAAGUGACAAAAAAUCGCCCCGUAAAAUACCGAGAGAAUUAGAUUUUAUAAUUGUCGGAGCAGGUUCAGCGGGUUGUGUUCUCGCUAAUCGUUUAACGGAAAACAGAAAUUGGAAUGUUCUCCUUUUGGAAGCUGGUGAAGAACAAAUUGAAAUUUUGCGAUUGCCAUCGGUAUUUCUAGCAACACUUGGCAGUAAUUUUGAUUGGGAUUAUAAAACAGAAGCAGAAAAUAAUUCCUGUCGAAAAAAUGGAUGCAUAAUGCCUCGAGGGAAGACAAUGGGUGGAACAAGUUCCAUAAACGGUAUGUUGUACGUCAGAGGAUCUCCUUCGGAUUAUAAUGAAUGGGCUGAAUUGGGUAACAAAGGAUGGAACUACGAAAGAGUUUUGCACUAUUUCAAAAAAUCCGAAAAUAAUCGAGAUGAUGACGAAAAUGAAAUGACACUCGAUGAAACACCUUGGCCUCUCUGUAAACAAUUUCCAUUUAAUUCCGAUGAUUAUUGGUCGUGUAUGCUGACAUAUUACACGACUACUAUUUAUCAUCCGGUGGGAACUUGUAAAAUGGGUCCAAAAUCCGAUAAGGAAGCUGUUGUCGAUCCUAGAUUACGAGUCUACGGAAUAAAAGAACUGAGAGUUGUCGAUGCGUCAAUAAUGCCGAAAAUUGUUCGCGGCAAUACGAACGCACCGACUAUUAUGAUUGCCGAAAAGGCCAGCGAUAUGAUUAAGAAAGAUUGGAAGAGGAAAAUUAUGGCUUGGAUACCGGGACCACAAUUUCAAGAUUUGUGUGAUUUAGGUGAAAAAUGUACCAAUUGUCCAUCGCAGACUAUAAUGUUCGUAACAAUUCUGUCGAUUAUAUUCGGACAAUCGAGAGACAAAAAAUCGCCCCGUAAACUACCAAGUGAAUUAGAUUUUAUAAUUGUCGGAGCUGGUUCAGCGGGUUGUGUAUUAGCUAAUCGUUUAACCGAAAUCGAAAAGUGGAAUGUUCUCCUUUUAGAAGCUGGUGGGGAAGAAUUGAAAAUUAAUGAACUGCCAUCGGCGCCUUUUAUUCUGCACAACAGUAAUGUUGAUUGGAAAUAUAAAACUGAACCAGAAAAAUAUUCAUGUCAAGCUAACAAUGGCUGUCUUAUGCCGCGUGGUAAAGUAAUGGGUGGUACGAGUUCCACCAAUGGAUUAUUAUAUGUAAGAGGAUCCCCUUCAGAUUAUGAUGAAUGGGCCAAAUUGGGUAACAAGGGUUGGAAUUCCAAGGAAGCACUGCACUAUUUCAAAAAAUCCGAAAAUAAUCGAGAUGAUAAUAUUAUAAAAGCAAAUCCAAAAUAUCACAAUAAAGGUGGAUAUCUAGGAGUUGAAAAAUGUCGAUACAACGAUACAAAUGCCCAACUAUUAGCAAAAGCCUGGCAAGAAUUAGGUUACGACUACAUUGAUGUGAAUGCCGAUAAACAAAUUGGUGUAAUGAUCCUACAAACAACCUCACUUAAUGGAAGGCGACAAAGUACGAAUGAUGCUUUCAUCCGACCGAUUAGAGAGAAACGAAAAAAUCUUUUUAUUGAAACAGAAGCAUUCGUCACAAAAAUCAAAAUAGAUCCAAAAACGAAAAGAGCUAUCGGCGUCGAAUACACCAAUAAGGACGGAAAACAAAAAACACUAACAGCACGAAAAGAAGUAAUUAUAUCAGCCGGUACAAUAAAUUCUCCAAAAUUGCUAAUGAUCUCCGGAAUCGGACCCGAGAAAGAAUUAAAGAAGCACAAUAUAAAUAUUUUGAAAAAUCUCUCAGUUGGUCGAAAUCUUCACGAUCAUGUGACAGUUGGUGGACUGCAGAUUAAACUAAACAAGACAUCGACAAAAAAGAGUCUGAAGAGAAGAAUUCAGGACCUCGAGUUGUACAUGAAGAAUCAAUCUGGUCCCCUUGCUGCUAACGGUCCUCUCUCAAGUGCCGCCUUCAUCAGAACGAAAUUCGAAAAAAAUCAACAAGUUCCAGAUUUAUCGUACAAUUUUGCACCCUUUGAUAGCAGUGAUAAAAUGACAACAUCAAAUUCCUACGAUUCAAUAGUCGUAAUACCAUUUGUCUUGAAUCCAAAUAGUCGAGGAACAAUAACGCUAAAUUCCUCGGAUCCAAUUUGGGGAGCUCCUAUAAUUCGUCAAGGAUUCUUCACCAAGAGUCCGGAUCGUGAACGUCUCUUGAAGGGAAUAAGAAUUUUUCUCCAAUUAUUUAAGACAAAAACUUUCCAGGAAAAUGAAAUGACACUCGAUGAAACACCUUGGCCUCUCUGUAAACAAUUUUCAUUUAAUAGCGAUGAUUAUUGGUUCUGUAUGAUGAAACAAUACACGGAAACUGAUUAUCAUCCGGUGGGCACUUGUAAAAUGGGUCCAAAAUCCGAUAGGGAAGCUGUUGUCGAUCCUAGAUUACGAGUCUACGGAAUAAAAGGACUGAGAGUUGUCGAUGCGUCAAUAAUGCCGAAAAUUAUUCGCGGCAAUACGAACGCACCGACUAUUAUGAUUGCCGAAAAGGCCAGCGAUAUGAUUAAAAAAGAUUGGCUUUCAUGGUGGAGUAAAAUUCGUUCUCUUCUCAUUCGGAAUUGACAUUCUUUAGAAAGUUGAAUUAACAAUUAAAAAUUUCUACAGGGUUGCUGGAAAAAUUUACUUUUGUUUUUCCCUGACUUUUCCCUGAUUUCCAAAUAGAAUUUUAACAUUUUUUCUGAUUUCUCUAACAGUCUUCAUACUUGA